AUGAACUCAUCUAAAGUUUAUGCCAGGAGACAAAUAUUAGCAACACUUCAAUCGGAAAAGUCCCAUAAAAUGCAAACAAACAAUGAGGCAGAAAAAAAGACUUUUACAUCUUGUUUGGCUUAUAUAUUAAUCAUCUACCUUCAUUCAUGUUAUCUUGAAAUUAAAAAGCAAAAUCUACGUACUGAAAAUUACAGCAAAAAGUGA